UCCCUUCUACGUGAAUUUACCGAAAGAACCAAGAAUAUGGUCUGUAAUAAGUUAGGGGCACCGAUAAGUAUGGUGAGUGCAGUGGUGAGUGUAAUAGUGGUCAUUGUCUAUUUCUUUGUGUUUCUCUCUUGUUGAUGGGACUUUUUAGGGUGAACGUUGAGAUCUGUAAGGGGCACGGGGGUCCCCAAAAUUAGGUCUAAAUUGGUCCGCAAUAAUGUAGGCGGUUGAAAGGUAUGACGUCAUAUUGAGUGCCACUUACGCGGACAUGUUGGGUGGGGGUGGGAGGGGCCCCCAUAGGCUUGCGUUGGACGAGCGUUUGUCGCGACGGAGAUGACGUCAAUGGCGAUGUCGCCAUUGGCUUACACGGGGCCCUUGUCCCUACCCAAGAGGGCGGUAACACGUGUCUUCGUUAGACGAUCGUACACAAUCCGUGUUUUGAACCACAGGAAAUGAUUGCACAGCAAACGUGUAGCCUGUGAACUUGCUCGAUGUGAGUGGGACUCGCUGAAGUUUCGUGUAGAUUCAAACAAGUGUGGCUUCCUAACGCAUGAACAGCGUUUAAAGAAUGCAGCGACGGUACGGGGGUGAAAGGUGACGUUCGCUGUGGUUUGACGUGGCUGGGGUACAGUCUAAUCCGAUUAUAAGUGGAAGCAACGGUACCUCGGAUAAUACUGGAAUUGGUAUGUUGUGUUCGCGAGAUAAUUAACAUAUAUUUAAGCACUCUCGUCGUUGCAAGUUGGUGAAGGGUGAGCGGUGGGCCCGGACCUGUUUUUGAGAGGCAUCGCUCGAGGCCACUGAUGUUAGCCGUGUGCGAGAUUUCGAUCUCGGGACGCCGGGUUCACAGCCACCGCUCCACAAUAACGAGGAUCCGCCACUUGUUUAAGAAAGGGCAUCUCGCACCCUCAGGUUAAGAACCACCGCUCUACAUUAUAGGUGCCACAAUAAUCAUUGUCUGCGCCCUCCCCAUGAGGAAGAAUCCCCAAGUGAAAGGAACUUCGAUGUGGAGACUCGGGGCCGUGGUGCGGUACAAGCUGAACCAUCCUUACACACGUGGCAGCAACAACAGCUGCAUCACCAUCAACAGUGAUCACAGUAUCAGCAGCAGCAACAAUAACUUCGUGAGCAGAAGAAACGGCGGUCGAGGCAGCUGCAGCAGCACCAGCGGUGAAAACGGCGCCAUGCACGACCCGGACAUCUCGCUGAUGCUGGUGGCUCCGAGUGCCGCGUGCAUGCCCUUGGAGAACGUGCGCGUCGAGCUGUCGAGCCGCUACUGCCGCGCCGUGCUGCCCGAGCACGAGCCACGUGUUUCUGAGAUCUGGCAGGCGCGCAUGCGGCACCAGCCGUGGCUCUACAACGGCUCCAAGUUCCGACUGCACUCGGCCGAGAUGGAGGCAGACGGCACGCUGCGUAUGCGGCUCGGCCUCACCUGCUACCGUGACUUCCUCGGAACCAACUGGGCAGCCGAAGCCCGGCGCCUGCAGGAGCACGGCGAGCGCGACGCCGGCAGCAGCCAGGCCUACCUGGCCGAGCCGCUGGGCGUGGGCGCUGUGCUCGUGACAGCCGAUGGGCAAGGCGUCUUCCUGCGCCGCAGCCACAUGGUGGGAGAGGCGGCUGGCCAGAUCGACAUACCCGGCGGACAUCCUGAACCCAAGGCAGUGGCACCGGGCGGGGAUGAUGAGCGACUGCGCCCUGAAGACCUGCAGCCCGAGCUGGUGGCACGGGAACUCUACGACUCCAUCUUGGCCGAGAUUCGCGAUGAGGUGAACCUACCGCUCGCGUGCCUGAGUCCCCCCCUGCUCAUGGGAAUCGCGCGCAACAACACGAGCGCCGGCCGGCCUAGCGCCGAGUUCUAUGUGCGCUGCAGCCUCGACUCGGAGGAAGUGCGCGUGCUCUACCUGCAGGGAGGGCCCGAGGCUCAGGAGUCGACCAACAUCGUCUUCAUCCCCAGAGAGCGUCUGUCAACUCUGGAGCGAGACUCGUCCGUGUGGGGCGAAUUGUGCCCCUCAGCUAAGGGAGGUGUGCGUCUCUUCUCGCUGCUGGGACCAGACCUUGGAGAUGAUCGGCCGUGGAGGGGAGGAGUUGAACUCGCAGGAGGAAACACCAAUGGCACAUCGUGAGCGCGGCUCACUUCUGUGCAGUGACAAUGCUCAGUUAUGGCCACCACCGUGAUUGUGUUAUUAUUAUCAUUACAUUUACCAGGAAUUAAAUUUCUCAUGGAAUAUUUACCUGGUUGCUGGGAGACUGGAGUAGGCACGUGACUAGUAGUAGCCACAGCCAUAGCGAGAGAUAUACUAGAUGCGCUGUGCCAACUGCGGAAUUACUUUUGGAGUCACCGACCCGGACAGAGCUGAAAUUAUGUCCUGAUUAUAAUUGCUACUGUGUUUUGCACUCAAAUGAAAGUGUUUUUAAGGAUGGUUUUACUACAUGCACAGACUAUAAGGUUGAAAAAGCACCACCUAUUGAAUGGGAUGUUGGCACAAUGACAAAAACUCAUCGCACUUUAGUCAGACAAUCCGAAUAUUUAUUGUUUGGAAGACAGUGAUUGACAAUAUUUUCUUCUCAAUGUCACAUUACUAAGCCUCUCUCUGUGGAUCUACAUAUUUCCUGAAGGUUAGUCAGCCAAAAAGUUUACAUCUCUUAUUCCUCUCAGUGACAUUUGAAUGAAAACCUGUGAUUUUUUUAAUUUACCUGUUAUGUUAUCUGUGAAUUCACUUGAAAAUUUAAAACGAACCACGAUGAAUAAGCGAUGAAUAAGUCAUCCUUACCAUGCGUUUGACCUGACGUGAUCGCCAAUUUCUGCCGGAAGAACCAGUGCUGCCGAAUGGACCAGUUUUGUCGACUGCACGCUGAUGAUUUUUCUGAACGAUUUUUAGCAGAGGGCAAUUACAGCAAAAUAAUUUGAUAUACUGUACUAUGCUCCAUUGUCUAUGCUCCUCACCUUCACCACCCCGCACUGUCCAGCAUGGUGAAGUAAUGUUUAAAUAACUUUCACAACCUGAGUGGCAUGGGGAGGUCCUAAUCCAGAAGUGGAUUGACAUAAGGACUGUACAUGUACAUACAAUGUUGACGUCAGUGGCUCUUAAGAGCAGUGAACGAGAUGACGGUGAAGGGGAUGUUUCAGUCUGUUUAGAUGUCACUGCCAGCAGUUACCUCCGUUUUAUUUUGAGGCUCCUAUUGGUGUCAACCAGCACGGUGAAGUAUGGUCAAAUUACCUCCCCAUGACCGACACGGUAGUGUAUUGACUAAGGUGUCCCCGUCGGUGUGAAACUUUUUUUUAUUGAGGAUGCAUUAACUGGGAUGUCAUACCACCACUUACUACGGAUCUAUAACAGGGUCAAUUAUUGUCCCAUGCGUUAAUCUGCAACGUUAAAAUUAUCGCGGACUUGUAAAUACACUCGAUUCCUUCAACAUGAUGUCAUGUUCAAGCGUUAUGGGACUGCAAGCUUGGCACUGUGGGGAAUAAAUUGUUUACUGCAGUAUACACAUGCACCCACACAGAAGCACAUUUACAAUUGUAUACGUUGACAUAUACACACUUAGUUUGGGGGGGGGGGGGGAUACUUCAUUGUUUACAAUGAGUUGUGCAGGUUUGCAUUUAGAUUUCACGAUACAAAAUUGCAAUGAUUGGAAAGCAAAUAUCAGCUUGAUUUGAAGCUUUCGUGACUGCAGCAAUUACUCUUUGGUUCUUUCGGUAAAGUCACGUAGAAAGAAAAUAAAUUAAAUAAUAGAAUACGAAGUUUCGAUUGCAACACAAGCAACCGUCAUCAGGUAGAAAACAAACCUAGUGAACUUAGAAUUACAAUGCAGUACAACACAGAGUCGGCUAACACAACAGUCAACACCCUACCUGGUUGAUUACGUUCUUCCAAAGAUUGCUAAAUUUGAGAGAGAGACAAAACACAGACACGGAGACACACAGACACACAAGCAGAGUAUCUGUGUUGUCUGUGACUUUACCGAAAGAACCAAAGAGCUAAUAUCAGCUGUUUUCAUUAGGUAUGUAAUGCAUAAUGUUAUUAGAUGAACGUUCAUGAUUCAGGGUUGCAUUUCGAUUCAAGAAUGUAUUGAAGUCUUAGCAGACUCAUUUUUCUUGCCUGUUUUGUGUUGUAUUUUUGUGUGCUCCAUUAGCCUCAAUGCAAUAUGACCAUUAUAAUUUUAACUUAAUAUACAUUUUAAAGAUCUGACGAUUAAUGCAUCAUGAGGGUACGAAUACAUAUUAAUCGAUGCAUUAUUGAACCUCUGAAAAAGUAGACAAAGGACCAGUAGCGUAAUUGUCGAGGGUGCAGGCGGUGCACCUGCACUGGGGUACGUGGGAAGGAUAAUCCCAGGCGAUGGCCUACAAAGUGGAGGGGGUGGGAAAUUGGACCAUGAUACAAUAUUCCGUGCACCAGGAUACAAGUCAACCACGCUACUCCCCUCCCAAUAACCUUAUGCAUAAUUACAUUCCUAGUUUUUUUUAUGCAUUCAUAGUUCUCUAUCAGCCAACUUGUAAUGUCCCGUUAUGAAAUUCAGUCUGUAUGCACGAACGCUGCACACAACCGCUAGUUUUAACAGCAGUGCCCUCUGUUGUCUCCGACAAUAAAUACAUGCAAUGUCGUUUCUAA